CACACCACCGCCACACCAACAACCCCAACAACCCCAACACCCCAACAAUGUCCCACAACAUCCUCCUAACCGGCACCUCCGGCUACCUCGGCGGCACCCUCCUCGCCCACCUCUCCACGCCCUCUAACCCAUCCCUCCCCCCUUACAAAACCCUCUACGCCCUAACCCGCACCCCCUCCCAAUCCCACUCCGUCGAACAAUACGGCGCCGUGCCCCUCCCCCUAGACCUAACCGACACGCCAACCCUAAUCCAAACCAUCAUCGACAAGAAAAUCACCAUUAUCUAUUUCCUUAUCGAUGCGACGAGUUCCAAAAUCCAGGUUCCCAUGAUUGAGGCCCUGGGAAAAGUGAAGGAGAUUACGGGGCAGGAGGUGCAUUUUCUGCAUACGACGGGAGCGAAGUUGUUUAGUGGGCAUGCGGGGCAUCCAACAGAGGGAUCUUUUGGGGAUGGAAAUGGGGAAGAGGUGUAUGAGAUGCAGGGGCUGGCGGGGGGGAGGGUGGGGAAUCCUUUUAUUAAGGAGGCCCUCAAAGUCAACAGCACGAUUAUCAAUACUGCAGAGAAACACGGAGUGAAGAGCUACAUUUUCAUUCCUUGUAUUGUAUACGGUAAGGGGGAGGGGUUCGGGAAUAGGAUUUCUAUUCAGACGGUUGCGGUGGUGAAGGCUGCGAUGAGGACGAGGAGGGUGUUUAGGGUUGAUGAUGGUGCUGGACGUGCGGUCUGGCCCGUCUCUCACAUCCAAGAUACAGUGAGCUUGUAUCUUGAACUUCUCCGGAACAUGCUCCAGGGAACGGAUGCCCUCGGCCACGGCAAAAACGGGUACUACCUCGCCGCAUCGGGGAGUGUAGCGUGGGAUGAUUUGUACGCGGCUAUGGGGAAGCGAUUGGCUGAACGCGGGGUGGUUGAUGAUGCGACGGUCGUGGAUGCGGAUGAUGAGGCGUUGGAGAAGAUUGGGGAGGCGUUGGGACGGCCGAAGGAUUUUGUCAGGGUUGAGAUGGGGGGCAGUUGUGUGAUGGAGGCGAAACAUGGGUUGCAGAUUGGGUGGAAGCCUAAGUAUGCACCGGAACAUGCAUUGGAGGUUGCGGGCGAGGAGGUGGAUUGGAUUUUGGAGAAUUUGGAGCGGGAUUGAUUUCAUGGGUGGGAGAUAUUACUUGGUUUGGGGAUAAGUAUGUAUUUGUUUGGACGUGCGAUAUAGAAGUGGGUUGGUGUAUAUAAUAUGAGACUGAAAUGAGUGCCUCGCAGGUAAAAUGUAUCAAGUUAGAAAUG